AUGGCUCCCACAGCCUCGCAGCUCCUCAGUUUUAACCUUCGCACUCCUCCAACACUGGACAUGAUCAGCACAAUAAAGCAGCUCUGCCUUCUCCAACAUCAGCCCUUCAAUCACAGAACCUCCCGUCGCAAAUACAUCCUUCAAUCCUCCACUGAAACUGGCAUUCGCUCUGAGAUCACAGCCUUUCCUCUUUCUCUCUGCUCUCAACAACAACACUGCCAUGUUCCUUUCCAACAUGAAACUCAGCAUCUGCCUCCCGGACCCCACUCCAACCCCUCUCCUGGAAGCCUGCCUCUGACCUCUGACCUCUCUGACCCCACUCAUCAUAAACGUCAUAAACUCCUCUCUCACCACCGGUACUGUCCCUCCCAAUCUCAAAAUGCCACUAUCAAGCCGCUCCACAGAAAACCCAACCUGGACCCCUUCAACUUCCGUCCCAUCUCAAAUCUCUCUCUCCGGACAACAUUCCAAGAAAGUUCCAUCAUCGCCCAUGUCCAACAAUACCUUCCCCAAGGUUUGAAAGAAGUCAAACUGGGAGACCGGACUGUCGAGACUUCUGCUUUUGGACUGAGAGACUCCACCAGACCCAGAGCUGACCCCAGAUCAGUGAGAAACCCUCAGAGACUUUUCUGCAGCGAUGGACACGAGUUCAUCUUCUGA